CAAGUACCAGGGAUGCCUAUUAGGUUCUCUUACAAAGACUUGAGAGCCAUGACAUGCAAUUUCAACGAUAAGCUCGGGGAAGGAGGAUUUGAAUCAGUAUUUCAAGGGAAAUUAAGCGAUGGCACCAAGAUAGCAGUGAAGUGUCUCAAUGGUUUUGGUCAUGUUAAAAACUCAUUCUUAGCUGAAGUUGAGACAAUAGGCAGCAUUCACCAUGUUAAUUUGAUGAGAUUAAUUGGAUUUUGUGCUGAAAAAUCACAUCGCCUUCUAGUUUAUGAGUAUAUGUCCAAUGGAUCCUUGGAUACAUGGAUCUUCCACAGGCACCAAGACCUCACUCUUGGGUGGCAAUCCAGAAAGAAGAUCAUCAUGGCUAUAGCCAAGGGACUAACUUAUCUCCAUGAGGAAUGCAGGCAGAAAAUACUUCACCUGGAUAUCAAACCCCAAAACAUCCUCUUAGAUGAACACUUUAAUGUGAAAAUUUCUGAUUUUGGAUUGUCAAAACUAAUUGAUAAGGACCAAAGUCAAGUUGAAACAAUAAUGAGGGGAACCCCAGGCUACUUGGCUCCCGAAUGGUUGAACUCAAUUGUCACAGAGAAAGUAGAUGUUUAUAGUUUUUGUGUCGUGGACUUAGAAAUGUUGUGUGGGCGCAAAAAUUUGGAUAGGUCUCAACUUGAGGAAGAUAUGCAUUUACUAGAUCUAUUUAAAAGGAAAGCAGAAGAGGAACACCUUGUGGAUAUCGUUGAUAAAUACAAUGAUAACAUGCAGAUACAUAGAGAAGAAGUUGUGGAGAUGAUGAGAGUUGCUGUGUGGUGUCUACAAAGUGAUUUUUCAAGGCUUUCCAUGUCAAUGGUGGUUAAGGUCUUGGAGGGUUCUGUAGAAGUUGAAAACAAUUUGGAUUAUGACUUCACAACUCCUGUGGCACGAAGAGCAAUCAGAGCUGCCGGUAACCAAGAGGAUGCCAUUGGUGCUGUUGCUGGCCCAUUAUUUCCUUCAGUUUUAUCAGGACCAAGAUAA